GGCGACAGAACUCCCCCGCGGCGAUCAUCAAAGAAGAACCUCGGGAUGAGGACGACGAGGAGCUGGGUACCGAGGACAAUGACCCCGACUCUGGAGAAGUCGAUGGCGGCAUAUACGUCGACAGGCCCACUGCGGACGUUGAUGACGACCCGGACGCUCAAUUGGACUCGAAUGAUCUGGAUCUGGGAACUGACCUCCCGCCCGGCAUCGCUGCUGUGGUCGAGCUCGUUGAUCAUAUCUAUCAUACCGAUAGAUCCGGCUACGAGGACUACCACAACACUACGGACAUGACCAUUGCGUGGCGAUCGUACUGGACUGAAAACAUGACCGAUCCCGACGCCCGGGACACCUUCGACCAGAACAUCAUGUAUGUCGGGCACAUCUGCACGCUCCCCAAUCCUGAAAAGGCCGAUUACACGUUCGAGGAUCUGAAGAAACCCGAAAACUCCAUGUUGCUUGAGCGCGCGCUUCGUCUCUUGCAGAAGCAGCGCUUUGGCUACACCUCGACCAGUCUGCGUAUCGUUCCUUACGCCGACUACACGGCGCUCAAGGGCUCGAAUGGAGCUGACAUUGUCAAACAAGUCGUUCUCAAGGAGAUGUCGGAGAUGGAGAAGGCGAGCCUGGAGUAUGCAUUCGGGCUCGAGGGCCGAAUCAAGGGUGCAACCGUCUCCGAUGUGGGUGCUGAUCCCGUGACUACGACCGCGAACGGUACCACUCGCAACAGUCGUCCUGCUUCGGGAGGUUCAGCAACUAGAGUCUAUGCGAAACCCACGGGAGCAACGGGAGGACGUGGCCAGGGCGGCAUCGACGCCGGAAUGCAGGCGCGAAUGAGUGAGAUGGACAAUCACGGGAAGACGGACCUGUGGUGGCUGCAUGCUGUCGCUGGUACUCAGUGAUUGUGUGGCGGAGACGACGAUUGAGUGUUUGAUUUUCAGCCAGACAGAGAUUUGCUUCCAGGAGUGCGAGACA